AUGCACCUCAUUUUCCUAGUCACCGUUGCCACCGUUGUCGCGAAGAAUUCGCGUGAGGACAACAAUCGAGGUCUCGAGUGGAAGUCUGUCGAAUCAUCGAACGAGGUCUCCUUAUACGGCCGCGGGAAGCGACAAGUCUACUAUCUCUGCGGCUACUUUCCCAAUCAAUAUCUAAGUUUCAGUCCGUGCAAUAAUAAUUGCAACACGUGCAAUUGCCAAGUCUCAUGCUCGACAACCAUCUACUGUCAGCAGUUCAACAGCAACUGGAAGUGUAUGAGCGGAUGUUGCCGAAUUCCGUAUAAUGAUCCGACCCUUCCGCCACCAGUCACCACAACGACGCCAUCGAAUCCAGUUGCUCCACUAUGCGGCGGCCGCGAAACGUCGGGAGGCUAUUGCCGAGCCGGCCGCCUCUGCGGCUCCGGCUAUUUGUGCACCGACAACAACGUGUGCUGCCGAUGCGCCUACAGCACCAGCAUCGGACCAUGCGUGAACGGCAAAUGUCCGGAGAACACCUAUUGCAGUCCAACGAACAAUUGUUGUCCGUAUUUAGUGAAAUAA